AUGAUGCAGAGCAUCCAGGUUAAUUCACCCAAGAAAGUGGUGCGGAUGCAAGGAGGAAGUGACGAAGAUGAAGAAAACGAAAAAGAAGAAUAUCUCAUCACCAAUCUUACCGAAAGCAAUAAAAACAUGCCUAGUCUUAUAGUUCGUAUUCCGAGCAACAUGAACAAAUUUUUAAGUAAAGAGGAAGUAAAAAUCAACUUUAAUGAAGAUAUUAAACUGCCUAAUAAAAAGGGGAGCAAAAUGUUGCGCUCCUUUAAGAUGGAGCCAUCUGCAACAGGCAGCUGUGAGGAAGUGAGUGAGAAGACCAUGGAAAAUACCUAUGGGAGUCCCGAUGUCAAAGUGGACAGUACGUACCAGUCGGACGGGACAGGUGGAGGGGCUACCCCUAGGAACGGGUUGGUCCGCGGAGGGGGCAGCGGUGAAGGCGGUGAAAACGGUGAUAGCGACGAAAGCGACGAAAGCGACGAAAGCGGCGAUGAUGAUGAGGAAGACCAGGAGGACGAUGAAAUGAGUGAGGGACUCAUCAAGUCAUUCAAACAGAACUACGUGGAGAAGCACCAAACGAACGCUUGCAAUGAAAGCCUUACCUUCCUAAGAGAUCACACAAAAAAUGAACUAGAAUAUUUUCUUCAAAAAAAAAAACUACACAGUUCAUACGAAAUGAAAAUAAAUGACAUUAUUAACAUCGACUAUGAUAAGCUGAACGAGAAAAAUAUCAUCCCAUACUUCUUAACGAACAUGUUCGAUGCAGAACAGAAGAAGAAGAGAGAGAAGUUGAAGCAGCUGUUGGAGGCCAAGCGGAAGUCCAUGUUGGAGAGAUCAAAGAGGAGGUAUAACAACCAAAUGGAGAAGGGGGUCGCGGGGCGCCAGAAGGGAAAGCCCAGGCCCAGCUCGAAGGGGAGCAAACCGACGAAGGGGGAGAAGCUGCACAGCGCGAAGUUGAAAAAGGAGAAGGGUGCAAACGGAAAGGGGCGCCAAGAGGACGACGCUGCUGACGACGAAAAUGACGACGCUGACGAUGAAAACGACGAAGCGAAGGAUGAAAACGACGACGCGGAGGACGAAGACGAAGACGUUGAAGACGACGCGUACGAGCCUCUCCCAAAGGGCGGCAAGCGGAAAAACAAGCAGGGGGCGAAGCUAGUCGGGUUAAAGGACAAAAGGACGCGCACCGAAGAGGGAGACAAGCAGGAGGACUCAUACCUGGACGACUUUGAUAAAGAAGCUGACUUAGACGCUGACGUAGACGCUGAUGUAGACGCUGAUGUGAACAUUUACAACGACCCGACGCUGUACGGAAUCGAAGGCAGCAGUGAUUACACGGAGGGGCUAAAGAGCGACCUAGAAAACUCCCAAGAAGAAGAAGAAGCAAAGGAUCAACAACAGAUGGGGAGCAUUCCAAAGGCACAGAAAAAAAAAAAAAAUGUAGAGCAAGUAGCAGAGGAAGAAGAAAAAAUAGAUGAUAUAAUAGACACAGAAACGCAAAAAUUAAUCUCCUAUGAUUACUAUUCCAGUAUAAAUAUAAAAGAAGUAGUAAAGCCGAGUUAUAAAAUAAAAUCAUUAACCCCCUUUAUUCCCAUUGAGGAAAAUAUUGACAAUUUAGAUCAUGUCCAAAAAUUGCAAUACCUUAUUAAAAACCUCCCCCACACACAUAUAAAAGAGAAAAGGUCUCUAUACCACUACAACAUAAAGCAGUUUAUCAAAUGGAAAGUCUAUCUAAUGAAUAAUAUAAAUAUUUGCCUUUACGGAGUAGGGUCAAAAUAUCAUUUACUCAACCUGUUUUGCAAUAUAUGCCUAAAUGACGGGAACAAAUGUAUUGUGCUAGGGUUCGAAGAAGAAAUAAACUUUGAAGAAAUUCUAACACGCAUAUUGGAGUACCACUAUAAAUACAAAACAUCCAAAAAUUUAAAGUCAUUUGAUUUGCUAUACGAAUUAAUCCACAAAGUUAAUGAAGCUAAUGUACCCCUUUAUUUUGUUAUACAUAAUAUAGAUAACGUAAAAUUAUACCCCUACUAUGAAUAUUUUUCUUUUAUGAGUCAAUAUGAUAAUAUUCACUUUGUUUGUUCUAUUGAUGAUGUUUCCUUUGAACUCAACAUGAACUUUAAGAAUAUCAGCUCGAUUAAUUUCCACUAUGUGAAAUGCCACACGUGGUUAGACUAUCGUCAUGAAAUUUUGAGACAGUGGAAUAAAUUCCUCCCUGAAUGGGUGUUCAAUAAAAAGUGUGAGGAGGUAGACAUGAAGAAGAACAUAGAAACUAUAUUAAACGCGCUUAGUAUAAAUCAUAAGAGACUCUUUAAAAUCAUUGCAUCGAUCCAGUUGGAAAAUCUGGAAAAGGGUAUCUACGGGGUGGAGAAGGAGUCCUUGCUCCAGGACAAGCGAAUAUUUACCGUCGGAGCUUCCAGCAUCAGGAUAAACUCCCUUCUUGUCGAAUUCGUGUCCCACAAUGUUAUCACCGAAACGAGGCUCAAGGAGGGUAAUACCUUCCUCAAAAUAAAUGCAGAUAAGGAGGAGCUCAAGAGGGUCGCCGAGCAGUU